AUGACUAUGGAAAACUCGAUAAGGAAGAAAUCAUUCUCCGAUUCCUUCAGAAAUUCGAUUAAAUUGAAAGCUCGCAGGAGCAAAGCGAACGCCCGCGAACGGAACCGCAUGCACGGACUGAACGCAGCCCUGGACCGAUUAAGAAGGUGUAUUCCUAUCCAGACCCAAAAUCUGAAGCUCUACAGCCCCCAUUACAGCCAGACACAAAAACUAUCAAAAAUUGAGACACUACGAUUGGCACGAAACUAUAUCACAGCUCUGACAACUAUUUUGUCAAAAAAUCGCAGUUUGCAUCCUCAAGAAUUUCUUCAAAUUUUAUCCCAAGACUUGAGUCAAUCCACUAGCAAUGUACUGGCAGCUUGCAUUGGACAGAAAAAUUAUGAGAUCUUGUAUCGAGAGUUUGAAAUUUGUGAUUAA